GUUUGUUGUAAAUUAAUCAAUAUUAGUUAGGUAAUUAGUCGAAAUGAUGCUGAAAUUAUUGACAAAGCCAAUGCGCUGCCUGGCAGCUGCAAAAUUAACGCGCUAUGCCAGCAGCGGCAGCUCGCAGCCGUCUGCCGAACACGCAGUAACAGAAACAACAAAGGAUGAAACUGUGGUGCCAGUUACCAAAGCCUUGGACGGAUGGGCGGGCAAACUAAAAGAGGCUGGCGUUGAGGACACCGAUUUCAACUUAAAAUGCAUUGUCUCACAUGUAUUGCAGCGUAAAUUUAACACGGUGCCCGACAAUUAUGCCAACGUAAGCUUCAAUUCCUCGCAAUUGCGCGACUUUGAGCGCUUCUGUGAGGCACGCUGCGCCCGCAUGCCUCUACAGCACAUCAUUGGCGAAUGGGAUUUUAUGGAUAUUACACUGAAGACAGCACCCACUGUUUUUAUCCCGCGACCCGAAACUGAAGAGUUUGUACGACGUGUGAUCGAGGAAUAUCGCGAAUCGGAGCAUAUCGAUAUGCUGGAAGUAGGCUGCGGCUCGGGCGCCAUGUCCCUGUCCAUGUUGCAUGCACUGCCGCAUGUGGAUGCGACCGGCAUAGAACGCAGCAAAGCGGCCACAGCACUGGCUUGGGAGAAUGCCAAGCUGCUGGGACUGCACCAGCGUUUCAAGGUCUACAACCAUACCAUGGAGGAAAACAAGUAUAUGCCGGAGGAGCUGAAGGAUAAGCAAUACGAUUUGAUAAUAUCAAAUCCGCCCUAUGUCAAGACAAUGGAGUUUCAGUAUUUGCAUCCCGAGGUGGUCGUCUACGAGAACAUUAACGCCCUGGAUGGCGGUCCGGAUGGCUUGCGGGUUGCCCGUUUAGUUUUUGAUUUGGCUUGUGUCCAUUUGCGUCCCGGCGGCAAAUUGUGGCUCGAACUGGGCAACGAACAUCCGCCUUUAGUCAAGACCAUUAUGAAUUUGAAAUACGAGGGUCGCUUACGUUUUGUAGACAGUUAUAAGGAUCAAUACAAGCGUGAGCGCUUUGUGCAAAUCGAGAAAGUCUAAAUCAAAGGAUGCUUUGAACACGUGAGAGGGAAAAGCCACAAAGUUAGUUCGCUUUACAUCAAUUAGUCCAAUAAUAUAAUUAGUGCACUUAGAAGCCUAUGCAUUUAGCUGUGAUUUGAAGUACACGAAAUAUAUUAGCGCCCAGAGGCUCAUUUAUACACACACACAUCUGUAUGUGUGUGCAACACACAAAAAACAUUCAAACAUAUUGUAUAUUAAGGAUAUACAAGUACGAUUGUAUUUUGCCAUCGGCGCCAAAGACCGGGCCUCAUUUUAUAGUCCAACAAAGCGCAUUAAUGCACUUAAUUUUAUUGGUUUCCAUAAUUCAUGUUCCUAAGCUACGCAUAAAGCUGGCAACGAAAAAGCCACGAGAGGUGCACAGUGGGUUGUGGUUUAGAAAAAUGCCAAGGGAUCGCUAAGGAUUGUAAGAUGAAAAAUGUGAUAUGGAAUGUAACUCUGCAUAACUCGACCAUCAAUUUUGUUCGUAUUUUCUUUAAUUUAUAUCUUUAAUCUUAUGUUGUUCUCUCCCUUAAAAGUACAGUUACCUCAUUGUCUUUAAAUGGAAAGGCAAGUAUUAUUUUAUUCAAAGAUAUAUCAAUAAAGCUUAGUACCAAUCUAAAU